UCCGUAAUAACCUGUUGUGGCCAUGCGCUCCUCCACCGCUGUCUGAAGCAGCGUAAACUUCUCAGAGUUCAUGCUUUGGGUUUUGUGACAGCUCGACUGGCACGACCAGCGGACUUCAAGGGCUGGAACACCUGUUUUCGCGACCGAAAGCCCCAACGACAGAGCCAAGAUGUUGAACAUGUGGAAAGUGAGGGAGCUGGUUGAUAAAGCAACCAAUGUUGUGAUGAACUAUACAGAAACUGAGUCUAAAGUUCGAGAAGCCACAAACGAUGACCCAUGGGGACCCUCUGGUCAGAUAAUGGGGGAGAUUGCCAGGUCCACAUUCAUGUACGAGCAGUUUCCAGAGGUAAUGAACAUGCUGUGGACCAGAAUGCUAAAAGACAACAAGAAAAACUGGAGACGAGUUUACAAGUCUUUACUGCUGCUGGGUUACCUGAUCAGAAAUGGAUCCGAAAGGGUGGUCACUAGCGCGAGAGAACACCUGUAUGAUUUGCGGUCUAUUGAGAGCUAUCAUUGUGUAGAUGAAAACGGGAAAGACCAGGGUAUCAAUGUGCGCCAGAAAGUGAAGGAGCUGAUAGAGUUAGUCCAGGACGAUGACCGAUUAAGAGAAGAGAGGAAGAAGGCCAAGAAAAACAGAGACAAAUACAUUGGAGUGUCUUCUGAUACUAUGGGGGGCUUCAGAUACUCGGAGGAUAAGUUUGAUUUCAAAGACUCGCACUCUAAAUGGGAUGACGACUGGGACAAAAGCAAGGGGGCUUUCAGUGAGAAACUGGGAGAAAUCAGCGACAAGAUUGGGAGUACCAUCGGUGACACCAUCAAUAUUUUCCGCAAAAAAGACAGGGACGACUCGCCUGACAGAUUCAGUGACGCAGAGGAGGAACGAAAUAGGGCAGCACGAAAUGGGAAGUCUGAGAAAUCAGAAUUUAAAGAUGAUGAAGAGAUGGUGACAACCAAAAGUGUACAGAUUGUCCAAGCCACAGAGACCACUGCCACUCGAAAGAGAGGUGGCACCCCCUCCAAAACGAUAGAUCUGGGAGCAGCUGCAAAUUAUGUUGGCGAUAAACCCUCCACCAACACAAACAUCAACCAGACCACAUCAGCAGUGAGCCAACCAAGUGCUGGUCUGGUGGAUUUGUUCUCAGCAGAUCCUGUACCCGCUCAGCCAGCCUCCAAAGGUUUAAACUCUGAUCUGAUUGGAGGUUUUGCUGAUUUCUCUUCUCCUGCAGCUGCAGCCACUCUUCCGUCAACAACCGCCCCAGCAUCUAGUGGCAAUGGAGACUUUGACGAUUGGAAUGCUUUUUCUACUGCCCAGCCACCUGUGCCUUCAGCCCAGCCUGUCAACCCUACAGGGAUGGACCUUUUUUCAGGUCUACAGGCCACUCCUGCCUCUGCUUCCACAGCACCAUCCACUGACCUAUUUGACCUCAUGGGCUCCUCUCAGACCACUAGCAUCAGCUCCUCCCAAAGCAUGAACUUCUCGAUGACAACCACACAGAAUAUUGGCCUGCCAACAUCCAAAUCACAGCCACUGCAGACUAUGGAGGUCCCACUGGUACCCCAGCAACCAAUGGCACAGAAACCUAAUCCCAAAGCCUCUGUGCCUUCCACUUGGUCUAAUACUAACAUAGACAUAAGCCUGGACUAUCUUGGCCCAGGCAUGCACCCACCCAAACCCUCUCAGCCCACACUCAACAUGAUGCAGCAACAUGGAGUUCAGACCCCAGUCAAUAUGAUAACUCAAGGCUUCACUGGAAUGAACCUGGGCAUGCAAGCCACCCCAACAAUGGUCAGACCACCCGCCAAUGCCAUGAUGGGAGGAAUGAACAUGGGAAUGCAGCCUACCAUGGCAGGUAAUAUUAUGGGCAUGCCACCCAUAGGAGGAAUGCCACUCAACCAUGGUAUGAUGGGAAUGAAUAUGAACAUGGGCAUGUCUGCAGCUGCGAUGGGAAUGCCAGGAAACAUGGGCAUGGGGAUGAGCCCUGCAGUGGGGCAACCUAAGCAAGAUGCCUUUGCAGAUUUUGCCAACUUUGGGAAAUGAACUGCAGAGAGAUUAUGUGAACAAUCCUUCUGGAGGUAUGACCAUGAAGAAGCUACAAGACAAAGACUACUUGAAAGAUGUCUAAUAAAGACACGCAGGAAAUACUUGUAUCAAAUGAUGUACAACUGGAUGAUUAUGUUAUUUUCUAUGUUCUUCUUAUCAGCUGUACCAUGGAGCCCUAUUGAGGGUGGCUGGUUUGUUCUAAAAAUCAUGUCAUUCAUUGCAUCUGCACAGCUCACAUUUCUAUGGCUUUGGGAAUUUGCUUUAAAUGUAACAACAAUUCUAACUGUAGAAGUGCAUUAAGGAAUGUGAUGACAAUGAAUUGCUACAGUUGACUGUAGACUUAAAGUUCUUAAAUUAACCCAACAAGUAUUUGGGUUCCUAAUGCUGUUGACAGAUCAUAAUUAUGAAUUCAUAGAAUGACCUUGCCUCUCUGCCUUAAAAUUACCUGUAAAUAUGUUUGCAUGUAGGCAAUAAGUUAUUAAGUUACAAGAUUAUUAACAAAUUAUGAACAUGAGGAUUUUUCAGUGGAGUACACCCUGUGAUCACUUGUUGUUUUGUAUUUGAUUGUGGUUUUUAUGCAAAUAAUCAUUCUUUCAAGUGAAAUGAAUUACUUUAACAUCAAGAUGAUAGAAUGACAAUUCCAAAUUAAAACCAUUGUGGCCUUUCUUGGAAAUCUGAUUUGCAAGUCUGUCUAAGACAGGGGAUGUGAUUUUGCAAUGCCUUUAGAACACAUGGUGCCUGCCAGUCUGUUGCCUUUUUUUUUUUUCCCUGAAUUUUUCUUCCAAGAGAAAAUAAAAAGUACAGUAUUUAUUAAAGGUACUGUUAAAGAAAAUAUGUAUCCAGUGACGUACAUAUAUGCACACUUUUUUUACGUAUUUGCAUGGUUGAUUUCUAUUGAAUAGUUUGGACAACUACAAGGAUUUUAUAUAUAUUUUUGAACCUAAUAUAGUUUCAUAUUUUUAUGCAUGUCUGCUCAUGCGGAGUGUAUAUGGUGAGGCUAUGUGCUGAAACCAGUGAAUUUGAAAUGCCCAGGUAGCACUGUGUUGUUCAGAGUUUGAUUCUGUAUCCAGAGGACCAUCACUCUAUUGUCAAGAUCAUCUCUUUCUAUCCACAGUGUGCAUGGAUGCUAACUAAACCUCCCUCAAACAUUCUGAGGCUUUUUACAUGCAGAAUGACCAAAUUCCUCCUGUCUUUUUUCUUUUCUGAAGGGUUUAUUUAGAUUUUUGUAGUCGGUCUGUUAGGAUCUCAACUAUUGAGUGGUUAAGGGUGAGGGAGUGUUAAUGGAAACACUAUAUGUUUAUGCAAAUAUACAGCAAGCAACAAAAAAUUCUUCCAUUUGAGAAUGUUUAAUAUGUUUUCAAUUUCAUACAAUGACUUGAUUGUACUUAUGAUCUUUUAUGAAUCACAAUAAAGGGUUGAUUUCCA